CAACGCCAAACACAAACGUUCUGUCAAAGGUUCGCAGUUCUACUUGUACUAUGGCGCACUUUGGAUUGAUACAGUGAAGUGUAUUAGAUUAAUUCAAUUAAUGUUAUCGGUAGCUACUGCUGCUUGAUAAUCGCAAUUAUGAUGACACCCAGUGAACACGUGAAUGAGGAGUUUGGUGUUAAUAUUGGUGAACAUAACUCGAAACUUCCUGAGGUCGGUACCAUUUCACCAGGUACCAUCAAACAUGAGUCUCGUGAGCCUGACUUUAUGUCGAAUUACAGCACUUCUGUGGAAGGCUCAGUGGUUGCAUCGCCAUCAAUCGACAGUUUCUCAACUCUUCCCGAACAAGAUUCUUCGGACUUUCAACUGGAUAACAGAGAUUUGCAAGUUAAGAUUGAUAAUCCACAGAAACACUUGGAGACUUUGGAGACGUACAUAACAUUUCGCAUCACAACGCGGACUACGAGGCCUGAAUUUGAGGAGUCGGAAUACGUUGUUCGGAGACGAUACAAUGACUUCAUUUGGCUGAGGCAGAAACUUGUGGAAACAUAUCCGUCUCACAUAAUUCCUCCAAUGCCAGGUAAACAUUCUCUCCUGGCACAGCUCGAUCGCUACUCGAAAGAGUUCAUAAUCGCCAGAAUGAAACUCUUGCAUGUGUUUUUAAAUCGCAUCGUCAAUCACCCGAUUCUAAGUUGCGACAAAGAAUUGAAGGGUUUUUUAACAGCUAAACCAGCUGAAUUUUCCAUUAUCAGGAAGAAUCGUGGAAAUGUCAUGGGAAAAAUGACUGAUUCCUUUCAAAAUAUUGCCAGUACUUACUCGAUGAAACAGAAGAAUCCGGAGUUUGAGAAGACGAGGGAUUAUUGCAAUGCAUUGUGCGAAAAAUUGUCUCAUAUCGAUAAGAUCAAUCAUCGAAUACAUAAGGAGAGGCAAGAAUAUGUCAUUGAGCUCCAUCAGAUGCACCCCAUCUUCACUCAAUGGUCAACAUCUGAACCAGAAUUGGCUCCACUUCUGUUGACGAUUGCUCGGGCUGUUGAGGCUAAUGGGGCAGCUCAUCACAAAUUCGUGGAUAAUGUUUCUGCUAGUGAACGUGAAUACAUUGCUUAUGUGGAAUCUGUCAAGGAUGCAUUAACGAGACGAGAUCAAAUGCAGCUGGAGUAUGAGUUAACGAUGGAUGAAUUGUCUAAGAAGCGACAUGAGAAAGACCAGUUGCUGGACUCAACUAAUAGCACUCCAAGAUCGCAAGGAUGGAGUGGAACCCUCUGGAAAGGUGAAUCUCGGGAUGAAAAACUUGAGAGACUCGGUCAGACUGUCCCACGUUUAGCCAAGCGUUCGGAGAUCCUCCAGGAUCGUUUAGAAUGCACCAAUGAGAAUCUUCGGAGUGACAUUGAACGUUGGAACGUCGAAAAACAGUGUGAGUUGAAGAAUAUGAUGGUAUCAAUGGCAGACAGACAAAUUCAGCUGUACGAGGAUUGCAUGAAGAGCUGGGAGAAUAUUCUAGUCAAUCUCAAGUUCGAUGGGAUGAGCCCUGACAUAAAGCAAGUCGAGAAGACUAAGAUUUUAGCGUAAUUUAUUGAAAAUAUCUCGGUCUCGCUGUUUUCAAUGUCACUUUUGCCUCAUAUUCGGAAGGGAUUUCCCUUUUAUUUGUAAAGUACACAAAAUGAAGAACUAUUGGAUCGAUGGAAGAAUCAAUAAAUGGGACCAAAUGCCGAAUGGAUUGGAGUUGAUAAGAAUUGAAAUAUUGAAUCACUGACAAUCACUUUCAGUUUAUAGUGAGUGUACUGUCGUUAGUAGUGAAUUAAAUAGUUUAGCUGGAGAGUAAAUAACAGGAGAUAAUUUUCACUCACUAUAAACGUUAAUUCACUUUCUUUGUCGUUUCUUGUUCUUCGAUGGUGUAGAAUAGGAAACAUAGAUUGGAUAGAUCAAUUAAUUGCUGGGUAUUCAACGGUUGAAUGAAAAUAAUAUCCAGCUUUGAAUCUCAUUACUUAUGUUCUUAAAUGUUUAUAUCACAGUUGCCAAAUAUUGGUAUUCGUGUUGUUGCAAGAGUGGAGGGUGAAAUAAAAUAGCAGCCUGAUUCAUCAAA